AUGGCUGUCCCUGCUCCCAUUGCUGUGGUCGGUAUGAGCUGUCGCUUUCCAGGCGCUGGCAGUCCAGAAGAGCUCGAAGAACUCCUCUUGAACGGCGGGACUGGCUGGGGCCCAAUACCAUCGGACCGGUGGAAUCGCGAUGCAUACUACAACACGCAUCUCGGCGCCCCCGAAUCACUUGUUGCUAAGAAUGGAUACUUCCUCCAAGAUGACAUCUCCAAGUUUGACGCACGCUUCUUUCAAGUGCCACCUAAGGAGGCGCACGCCAUGGACCCUCAACAACGCAUUCUGCUGCAGACUACGUACGAGGCCCUGGAAAAUGCGGGAGUCCCUCUUGAGGAUAUCCGUGGAAGCAAGACCGCUGUAUUUAUCAGCUCCUUCGCCUACGACUACCAACGCAUGGGAUACAAAGACCUGGCCGAGGUCAGUGGAUCGCACGUCGCUGGUACCGGAAUGGCCAUGCUCUCGAACAGGAUCUCCUAUGUGUUCGACUUGAGGGGCCCUUCAUUGACGCUUGACACCGGCUGUAGUUUGCGCCUUGGCGAGUCGAAUAUGGCCAUCGUUGGUGGAUCACAACUAUUGAUAGACCCUGCCCAAUCUGUCAAUAUGAGUGUCAUAGGAAUGGUCAACCCAGACGGACACUGUUAUGCUUUCGACUCGCGCGGUAAUGGUUAUGCCCGGGGUGAGGGUGUUGCCACUGUCGUCCUCAAGCUUCUGGACAAAGCUCUUGAGGAUGGCGAUCCUGUCCAUGGCGUCAUUGUAGGCUCGGGUGUCAACCAAGAUGGCCACACGGCAGGAAGUAUCAUGUCCCCAAGUGGUGAGGCUCAGAGAGUCCUCAUGGAAGAGGUGUAUGCAAGCGUAGGCUUGGAUCCUGGCCAGACCCAGUAUGUAGAAGCACAUGGAACGGGAACGAAAGUUGGUGACAAAGAAGAAGUCAGCUCAAUCUACUCGGUUUUCUGCGAAGGUCGGAAACGAGCACGUAACCUCUAUGUGGGCUCCGUGAAGUCCAAUAUCGGACACCUUGAGGCAUCUGCUGGGAUAGCAGGACUCAUCAAGUCAAUUCUUGUGCUCAAGACUGGUGUCAUUCCACCACAAUUGAAUCUCAUUGAGCCCAAGACGUCCUUGAAACUGGGAGAGAGAAACAUCACGAUUCCUCUUGAACCUACGCCACUGUCCCCUGGACCUCAACGAGUGUCUCUCAACAGCUUUGGAUACGGAGGAACAAAUUGUCAUAUCAUCAUUGAGAGCUUAGACUCAUAUCAAGCUUCUGGCAGCAUGCCUCUAUCAGGACCGCUUAAGCUUGUCGAAAAGCAAGCACUCCGCGAUGUUAACGGCAACAUUUUGACAGUUAACACUAAUGGUGUUGGCUCGAGUGAGGCGGCACUGGCAGACAUUCAAUUGUAUCUCCUGAGUGCAAACUCAGAGAAAGCUCUGAAAGCAUCAGCUCGUGAUGUCCUGGCGUGGCUCUCGAGGCAUAGUAGCACAAAUGACGACCCUUGUCAACAAAAGGCCGUGCUGAAUGAUCUAGCGCACACUCUUGCUGCGCGACGGACACUUCUUCCCUGGCGGUCGAGUAUAAUAGCCUCCGAUGUACGGCAGCUCAGCUCGAUGCUUGAGUCUAUCCGGCCCACUAAGGCCUCACAUACGCCUCGCGUCGCCUUUAUAUUCACCGGCCAGGGUGCACAAUGGGCGGGCAUGGGCCGUGAGCUGAUGUCUUUACAGCCGUUCAAAGAUUCAAUUCUCAAAUCAGAGAGUGUUCUCGUCGGUUUGGGGGCAUCCACAAGAGGCUGGUCUCUCCGAGAGCAGAUUUUCUCCGACUUUCCAUCCAGGCUAGGGGAGGCCGAGAUAGCGCAACCUGCCACCACAUGCCUACAGAUCGCUCUCGUUGAUCUGUUGAGCAGCUUGGGUGUCCAUCCCAUAGCCGUUGUAGGCCACAGCUCGGGUGAGAUUGGCGCGGCAUAUGCAGCUGGUGCGCUAAGCCAUAGCGCUGCAAUCGAGUUGUCAUACUACCGAGGACUCUGUUCCAGCCAAGGCAAGCAAGAGCACCAGGCGACGCCGGGGUCAAUGCUGGCGGUCGGCCUAGGCAAAGCCGCCGUACAACCGUACAUGGCCAAUAUAAAAACAGGUCGUCUCUCGGUAGCAUGUGUCAACAGCCCGCAGAGCACAACUAUCUCAGGUGAUGAAUGUGCCAUCGACGAGCUUAAGUCCGUGUUAGAUGUGGACUCCAUAUUCGCCCGCAAGUUGCGUGUGGAUCAGGCGUACCACUCGCACCACAUGCAGAAGAUUGCCCCGGCAUACCACUCUGCUUGUGAGCAGACGCACCACAACAGCACCCGCGACGAUGUAUCAUUCUUUUCUACGGUCACGGGCACUAAGAAAUGUGACGAUUUUGGCGCAUCGUACUGGAUAGACAAUCUAGUCUCUCCUGUGCAGUUCGUCAAGGGACUGCAACUUGUUCGUGAUGAGCUCAAGCAAGGCAACACAGGUCGCAACGAUGGCUACGUCUUGGUCGAGAUCGGGCCCGCGGCCGCGCUUUCCGGGCCAACAAAGCAGACCCUUGCAUCCUCGACUGACUUUAAGUACACCUAUUUGUCCCCGCUUGCUCGCCAGACAGAUGGGAUGCAGUCAGCGCUCGGCUUUGUUGGCCGCCUAAUCGAGCUGGGUGUUCCUCUCAACAGGAAAAAGCUUUCGUCUUUGCUUUGCAGCGAUAGUUCCUACACCCCAAAGACUUUAACUAGUCUCAAGGCCUACCCGUUCGCCGAUGACUCGAGUUCCUUCUGGCGAGAGUCCCGCUUCAGCGCGGCGCAGCGCUUCCGGCAGUUCCCCUGGAACGAUCUUUGCGGACUGCUUGACCCAGCAUGCAGUGUACAGGAGCCUCGCUGGCGCCAUUUUCUCAACAUGGACAGUCUUCCUUGGCUGAAAGACCAUGUAAUUGACGGUUCAACAAUCUUUCCGGCCUCUGGAUACAUGGCUAUGGUCGUUGAGGCGACCAAGCAGUUGAUUCAGAUGCGAAAGGGCAAAAGUUUCACUACAAAUACUUCCGGAAGCAUCAAUCAAUUUAUGUUCAAAGAUGUCAAGUUUAUUAAGGCGAUAUCUUUCCCGGAAGACGAACAAGACGCAGUUGUCGAGUUGCAGCUAACAAUUAGCCCCUCUAGGGAGGUAGGGGGUCGGUGGCUGUCCUUUCGCAUUAUGAUGUUUGGCAAUGAUACUUGGGAAGAGAACUGCAAUGGGCUGAUCAGCUUCGAUAACGACGGAGAUCUCACGGAAGUUGAUCGAGUUGGUGAGCGAGAUCUCAAGCAAGCGGCGUCUCUGGCUGUCUUCCGAGACAUCCAGCAGGCGUGUGCCUCCUGCAAUGACAUUGUAGAGAAGAGCACGUUCUACCAGCAGUUGGAGAUGAAAGGGAACCAGUACGGAUCUAGCUUUGCGUUGUUGGACGACCUGCACAUCGACUCUACUGGGACCAUGGCCUGUACCAAGCUAACAGUGCCAGACCUCUCGGAGCUCAUGCCUGGCCACGUCCCACAGCCCCAUCUCGUCCACCCAACGACCUUAGACGCCAUCAGUCACAUUGGCGCCCAACUCUUCCAGAUAUUCAACGGGAAUGCUCCAGUUGUAAUAGGGUCGGUGGCAGAAAUGGCCAUCACAGCUACAGACUGUGGAGACCUGUGGGCGCCCGGCACUGAGCUCUUUAUUGCUGCCAUUUUAGAUCGACGCCUUACUGAUGCGCUUUCCUGCAUCACUGACGCUUAUGUCUUUAGGAAAGACACCAUAACUGGGGAGUUCUCUCUUGCUCUGCAGAGCCAGUAUGUGCUCAGAUCCUACGGAUCGGGACGACACUCACUCCAAGAGCAAGGCAGCGGCCAGGACAAGCAGCCUCGGCAGAUCACCUGGGAUAUUGACGUCGACUUCCUGAGGAGCGAGAACUUCCUGGAGAUUGUAAGCCGGAAGCAACCACGCACUCUGGAAGCAGAGGAUCCCGAGGAAACCUUCGAUCGCGACUACCAAUGCAUCGAACAGGCGGCGUACAUUUUCAUACGACAUGCUCUAUGCAAGCUCAACACAACGUUCAACACCAGUGGCACGGUGACUCCACCAUCUAUGACUGAACCUCACUUGGAAAAGCUCUUCAACUGGAUGCAGAAAUGCAGCACCUCCGUGGAAUUCCACACUCUAACAGCGGACCUCAGCUUCGAGGACGAGGCUCGGAUUGUAUUGGCCGCAGAGAACGCUACCUCUCUCCGUUUUGAAGGCAAAACGGUUGCUCGAAUCGGUCGCAAACUUGCUGACAUCCUCCUCGGGAAGUGCGAUCCGACUGCGCUCAUACACGAGGCCAACCUGCCGAACGAUCUAUACACCAACAGCGUGUUCUCGCCUACUUAUAGCCAUAUGGCAGAGUACUUAGGUCUACUUUCUUUCAAAAAGCCACAUAUGAGAAUUCUUGAGAUUGGUGCUGGAACGGGAGGCGCUACAACCCCACUGCUCCAGGCGCUCAUGGGAGAGGAUGGUUCCAUAUGGCUCGACCGUUAUGCCUACACCGACAAAUCGAGUGACUUUUUUGACCAGGCAAAGAGCAAGCUCACCGAGUGGCUAGGUUAUAUUGACUUUGGUGUCCUCGAUAUCGAGACGGAUCCUAUUGAGCAGGGCUUCGAGGCGCAGUCGUACGAUGUCGUGAUCGUUACCAACGUUGUUCUCUCAACCAAAGAAAUGGAUACACCUCUCGCUAAUGCACGCAAGCUUUUGCGUCCUGAGGGAAAAUUGAUCAUCGCCGCGGUGACUAUGCCGAUUGUCGCCGUGGACUUGGUUUUUGGAGUCCUCCCCUCUUGGCGAGCUGAUGGAGAUAAGCAUUAUUUGUUGACGACGAAUGAGUGGGAUGAUCUUCUUUGCCGACAUGGCUUCACUGGCUUGGACAUUUGUACCCAGAGCAAUCACAGCUCAAAGCACGGAUGCUCGUCGCUCAUCGUCUCAUCAACAGUGACCGAGCUCGACACUCUCCGACAGAGCACGCCGUUAUCGCCAUCAUCGCCGCUCGACGGCAUGAGAAUCGUUCAAGGAUACAAGGAAUCCCAUUACGUCCGAGAAAUAACAAGUACUCUCCUAGAUGACUCCGAGUGCACAGACCACCUGGGCUGGACGUGUUCGGAGAGUAUUGAGGACGCUGCUGCCAUGGAACCAUGGAAAGACAACGGCCCAGUGAUCGUUCUAGACGUGGCAGAGCACAGCUUGCUCGUAAACGAGAAGCCUGCCAUCUUCAAUGCUAUGAGGCGCCUUCUGACUUCUGGUUUCUCAGUAAUAUGGGUCUCGCUCCAGGAGUCAAAGACAGAGGCAGCGGUCACAGCCACCAGGUGCAUGAUCCAGGGCGCAGCUAGAGUUCUGAGACGUGAGAACGGCAGCACGAGCAGACUCAUCACUUUCGACAUAGACGAAACUGCAGACUUAAGUGACGGUGGUGUUGUCAGACACGUAUGCAGUCGUAUCUUAGAGGCUGCACAGUGCUCUCUUUCCGCCAGCGAAAAUAACUAUGAACGAGAGCUAAGAUACAGCGGGGGCGAGCUUCUCAUCCCUCGCCUGCAGACCGAUACAAAGUUUCAGUCCUGGGCCGACAGAGUCUGCGUAGGCGCAUCGUCCAAGACUGCGUCGCUGGAGUCAGACGUCCCAUACCAUCAACAUGACAGGCCGCUCAAGCUAGAGGUGGGCACACCAGGUCUUUUGAGCAGUCUUCGGUUCGUGGAUGAUCCCGCGAGCAGCUUUGAGGUCCCGCUCCAGCCUAGGGAAAUACAAAUCUCGACGCGGGCCCAUGGUGUCAACUUCAAAGACGUCUUCGUCGCUCUCGGCCAAAUGCGUGCUGGUGUGAGCAUGGUUGGUGAGGUCUCUGGCGUCGUCACAGCCGUCGGCGAGAAUAUGACGAACAGAUACAAGAUUGGUGACAGCGUCUUCGGCUUUGGAGCUUCGCCAUUCGCGAGCCAGCCUCGCAUUAGCGGCGAUCUCGCCCAUGCUCUUCCCUCGGGAAUGUCGUUCCAGGCCGGGGCGACAAUACCAGUUGUCUAUGCCACGGCGUACUACUCUCUGUUCAAGGCCGCCAAUUUUAGACGGGGACAGACUAUACUCAUCGCGGCAGCCUCGGGAGGUGUGGGCCAAGCAGCUAUCCAACUUGCACAGUACGCUGGCGCAAGCAAAAUCUUUGUCACGGUCGGAUCGAAGGUGAAAAAGCAGCUUGUUAUGGAUACUUACGGCAUCCCAGAGAGCCACGUCUUUUCGUCAAGGGGAACUGCCUUUAAGGACGGCAUCAUCCGACUCACCGAAGGAUGCGGAGUCGACUGCGUCUUGAAUUCCCUGUCUGGCGAAAUGCUCAGCGGCGCGUUCGACUGCUUGGCCAAGCUCGGGAGCUUCGUUGAGAUUGGGAAGACAGACAUCUACAAGAACAGCCACAUCGAGAUGAGCAACUUUGACAAGAGCAUCACCUUCGCGUGUGUUGACCUGGUCGUACUUGGGAACGAGCAGCCUGAACUUGUGCAUGAGACUCUCUCCUCGGUUACGGCGCUACUCGAGAAGGGAUUGAUUCGGCCUCCGUCACCUGUCAACGCUCUUGCAAUCGGCCGCAUUGAAGACGCCUUCCGCCUCAUCGGAACCCGUAAGCACACGGGUAAGGUUGUGUUAGAAUCGCCCCCAGACUCGGCUGUGACAGCCACCACGGCGCCUGCCAAGCCUCUCAAGCUAUCAAGAGACGGCACCUACGUUGUCGCAGGUGGUCUAGGUGACCUUGGCAGGCGCCUGGCGGCUUUCAUGUCCGCACACGAAGCAGGACAUGUUGUGCUUCUAUCUCGACGCAGUAUCACUGCCGAGGAGCACCAAACGCUUCAAGACCGAUGCGGUAUUCUGUGCGCUGUCCAUGUCGUCAAGUGCGAUAUCACGAGGGAGUCCGAUCUCCAGGAAUGUGUCGAGUUCUGUAGACAGAAGAGCCUGCCCCCGGUCAGAGGUGUUGUGCAUGCAGGCAUGGUCCUCAGAGACCGCCCUUUUGCUGCCAUGAGCGGAGAAGAUUUUGCAGCCGCGCUGGGUCCAAAAGUGUUUGGAACUAUCAACCUCGACAGGGCGUUCUCGUCGGGUCAUCUUGAAUUCUUCAUCACACUGUCGUCCGUUGCCAACCAUAUUGGAAAUGGCAGUCAGGCCAACUACGCCGCCGCCAAUGAAUUCCAAGAUGCCUUUGCUCGCGCACAUGGUCUUGGCGGUGAAGGCAAUACACACUAUAUCAGCAUCGAUCUGGGGGCUGUCGCAGGGUCCGAUGCCGUCAGCAAGCUCUCGAGCUCAAACAGGCUUGAGUCGGUAAUGGUCUCGCUUGACGACGUGUUCAGAAGCAUCAGAUAUGCCAUGAGCCCGCAGUCGAAGCUCGAUCGCUGUAACCAGUCAAUCCUGGGCCUCUCUAGACAGGGUCUGACAGAUGCCGACGAUUAUGUCUGCCUGACAAACCCCUUAUUUAGCCGGCUUCCGUAUCCAGAACAACUGAACAGCGACGAAUCGGGGCUGACUUCGAGUGAAAAGUCCACCGAUAUAGAUAAGGCACUGCGCCAUGUCAGCACGAUGAAUGAGGCUGAGACAUUGAUUCAGGAGACGAUUGCUGCAAAGUGCGCGGUAUUCCUCGACCGAGCUAUAGAUGAUGUGCCCGUCAAUCAGCCGCUGGCUAUGAUCGGCCUUGAUUCCUUAGUCUCCAUUGAGCUAAAGAACUGGCUUCUUCGAGCCUUGCAGGCUACUGUCCAGACCUCAGACAUCUCCAGCGCAUCGAGUAUCAAUGCUCUCGCUUCGCUGGUCACAAAAAAAACCAAGUUGGUCAGUGACGACGUCAAAGCAGCAGCAGAGGAUCCUGUUCAGGCCGCCAAUGGCACCUUUGCUACGUCCAUAUCUCAGCAGACCUCUGAACGUGCCACGGACACAGAAUUGCCGUCGCAUGGCUUUGACUGCUGCAGAGCAGUGAAAGAGCUCCCCAAAUACCCCCUGAUAGAUUUGGAGGAAACGAUGAGCUGCCUCGAGCAAAACGUGUCCCACUUCGCGCAGAAUGGCGAGGAGCUGAGGGGCCUACAACAGGCUGUGCGCGACUUCACCGCACCGGGCAGUCUCGGGAGACAGUUACACGCCCAGCUCAGAGAAAGAGCCAGCAAUCCGGACAUGGACAGCUGGCUAGCAGACCUGCACCUUAAGGGGCUGUACCUCUCCCGCAGACAUCCUCUAGCUCCAUGGGGUAACUUUCUCAAUACUCACUACGACAGUCCCGUGCCGCACCGCCAGGCGGAGCGGGCUGCAUUGAUCUCGACGAUUGCGUUCCAAUUCCAGAAGGAAGUUUCUGCGAGGGUUCUAAGCCAAGACUGGUUGGGUAGCCGAGCACUUUGCACAUACUCAUGGGAUUGGAUCUUUAACACUGUCCGUGAACCACGUGUCGGCUGUGAUGAGAUGCAGAGGUAUCCUGGCAAUAACUACUGUGCCGUCCUUCGGCAAGGACACUUAUUCACCCUCCCGCUUCGGUUUGAGGAGGAGGAUGUAUCCUAUGAACGGCUGAGAGAUGCUUUCCAAGGCAUUUUGGAUCACGUCGACCUCGGCCAAGAAUCCUGGGCCGGGAUACUCACUACCGAUUGGCGAGACCCAUGGGCGGCGAACCGAGACACUCUCAUCUCACUCAGUGAGUCGAACAAGGAGUAUAUUCAAGCAAUCGAGAGAGCCGCAUUUGUGGUUUGCCUCGAUGAAAGUCGGCCGGUCACCAACGAGGAGCGCGUAAGGCAGUGCUACGUCGGCAAUGGCUUCAACCGGUGGCACGACAAGGCCACCCAAUUCCUCGUUUCAGCAAACGGGCGCUCUGCUCAAUUAUCAGAGCACUCGAUGGUGGAUGGACUCACCAUCGCCCGCCUGACCGAGCGCAUUCACGACGCCAUCCAGUCCCACGUACCGACAGCACUCGGUGUGGCCAAAACCAGCCCCGUCCCUGCUACCAGGUUCACUCUGCAGACCACUCCCCAGAUUGAAGCCCAAAUGUCCGAGCUGCGUACCAUAUAUGCCUCAGAAACGGCCAAGAAGAAGUACACCCUGCACACAGUCCCCUCUCUGGGCAUCAACGCCACGCUCGGCACAGGACUUUCUGCCAAGGCCUGCAUGGACAUGGCCAUCCAACUCGCCAACAGGAUACACUUCGGACACAAUCCGGGAAGCUGGGAGCCGGUGUCAACGCAACACUUCCAUCGCGGCCGUCCCGAGCUGGUGCAGGUGGUGACGGACUCAGUCGUCGAGUUCUGCGAAGCUGCACUGGACAUGCGUGUUGGCAACAUGGAAACGGACAAGGGCAAGGGCAAGAAAAAGGGGCUUCUCAUCAAAGCAGCUGGCGAGUGGGAGGAGCAGAUCCGUCGUGCUGGAGAGGGACGUGGCUUCCUGCGCAUGUGGGAUACCAUGGGCGGGAUGCUACCCGAGGGCGAGGGAGUGGAGAAGCCGGCCAUCUUCACGGACUCCGUCUUCUGGCGCGCCUUCCCGGGCCGAGUGCUUCAGGUGAGAAACGAGGCCGAGGUGGAGGAUGCAGCCCUCUGUCUCUACGAGGAGGAUGCAUUGUGGAUGAGCUACGCUAUUAGGGAGGACAAGGUCAACAUUUCCAUCACAGGUGGCAUCAAGAAGGUUGAUGCAUACUGCGAGGCUCUGAAUAGAGCUGCUGAAAUUAUCAGGUUCCAGCGCGGUGCGCUCAGUGUCGUGUACAGUGUCAUGUGGGACAAGAACUCGCGGCUGUCUUUUAUUGUUAAUUUUGCUCAGUACUGGUUCAUAGAAGAUAUAUAUGAGGAGGAUGAAGAAUCAUGCUCCGAAGAAGAAGCCCAACACUGUUGCACGGAGUCCAUGAAUGCUGAUGUGGCCUCUGAAGGCGAUCAAGGAAAUGAAAGUGGGGAUGAAGGAAGGGAAGUGAUCAACUUGGACACGGAGAUCUGA